AUGGGUGAAGUUAGACAGGAGAAGUCGUGUCUGUCAGUCAUUUGGAGAGUCUGUAAUGCUUUCAUGUCAGUAUUUUUCGCGCUGGCCUCCUAUGUUCAGGUGAUUUAAGGGUUUAUUUCACUAUAGUUAACAUGAAUUCUGCUGAUUCUGGAAUAUUUCACUGAAUUCGAUGUAUUUUUUGACCGUAGAUCAAUGAUCCGGACGCAGGACUGUGGAUGGUAAGCUUACUUACAUCAAAAUCAUUAUGUUUUAAAUUUCUAACUCAUAUUCUGAACAGGUUUGUGGCCCCUGUUGCAGGUCGGUUACGGUGUUCCUGCAGUCCUGUGUGCUCUCCUUAGUCUGAAACCACACGUGACAGGUAGAGUUUGGAUUUGUGGUAUUUGUGUUGAAUACUUUUACGAGUUCAGUAUUUAAGAUUGGGGGUUUAUCUUUGAAAGAAUAACUAUGAAUCCAGUUUGUGUACUCUCCUGUUACAGUUUCCACACUUCCCUGGCUGUUUCAGUCCUCUUGAAUGCAAACACAGUAGCUUCCUCUGGUGGCUGCAUAGUGCCAGCCCACAAUACAAAACCACCAAUUCUUAAUAAUAAUUAUAAAUUUGAUUUAAGGUCCUUCUAUAAGAUCAAAUGCAUGCGCAAAGUGCUUUCAGCUAUUUAAAAAAAAAGCUUAAAAGUGUAUCAAUAAAAACCCAAGGCAAAUAAAUUUUGUUAUCGUUAAAAUAAUAAGAAUCGAACACUAAAAUCUUCAGCUUCAUAGUAAGUAUAAUUUUUCUUUUUGUGUUCUCUUCCUGUUUUUAGUUGAAAUACUUGCAGCUUAUCUUGUAAACAGUUGAAGACGAUUUAACUUUAUUUUGCUACCAUCAUUUGUUUUGUUUGUUUAGUUUUAGUAGCUAGAAUGAAGUGUAUUGCAAUACUCUGUGCAAGAAAGCAUAGGCGAGAAUAAGUGCUGAGUGUACAAGAAGAGUUAGGGUGUAAUUCUUGGCAAGGUUUCUUCAAUAAUAAAAAGCUACUUAGAUAAUGUCACUCCUAUAAUAAAAGUUAACACUCAGGUUUCAACUCCUCUAGACCCAGAAUUCCCAAAAUAAUUAUUUUCUUUUUUUUUUUCUUCCCAGAGACGUUAGCCUGGAGGCGUGUGGCUGAUCUCCAUGUGAUGAUCUCCAGCGCUGUGGUUUUCAUCUUAGGGGGGCGGGUAAAAAAAGAGAGAUUAAUGGAAAUCUUCCAGCAGGAGGAGGGCAGGUAAGGUGAUUGGCCAGGUGUUCAGCCUGUUUAAAGGAGUUUUUUUAACAACUUAUUAUUGUCCUUAAGUUAUGACCAGCUUUUUUGUAUGCUAUAAGAGCGGAAUAGGAUUUUAAUAACAAAGAACAUUUUAAUAACAAAAAUAAUAAUAUCAAAUAACAAUUAAUAUCAAAAUAUUUGGAUAUAAGGUUCCAUAAAACUGUGUGUUUUAUGAUUUCUUUCUCUUUUAGAGAGUUUUCUGGUCUCUUGUUGACACUUGUUUGGCUGCUCCUGUGUCGUCACUCUGGAAGGUAAAAUACAGAUGAACCAGGACAUACUUUUCUUUUAUAACACUGAUACCACAGAGAAAGCUUGCCGUAUUUACCACUUUAAAUCCUCUUAUUGAACGCAAACUUUUCUCUGUCAGGUCUCAGGUGGGGACGCUCAGAGUCUCCACUGCUGCAGCCAUUACUGUUUUCCCAUUCGUGGCCUGGAUUUAUUUCUACAUCAACAAAGAGCUCAGACUGAACUGGCCCUCACACUGUAAAACUGCAAUUUAG